AUGAUGACUGGGAUCUGUGAUCUCCCAUCGGAGAUCAUCUAUAACAUUGCAAUACACUUGCCAACUGCCCAUGCAUUAGCCAGUUUGGCCCAAUCAUGUCGUCAGCUUCACCAGGUGGUCACCGCUGAGAACUCCCGCAUUUUCCAAGCCUUUGUCCAAAGCCGAUUUCCUGGCAUUCCCUCGAAUUCGUACUGGAAAGAGGCAGCGCAAGCGUUGUCUUCCCGCUCACGGGCGUUAGAUAGGAAUGCCGUCAUUGGACGCUUUGUGGUGCCUCCAGAAACAGCCAUGAAAAUUGGCUCGCACGAGGUGACUCGCCAAGACAAUCCAACCUUAGGAUACAGACCUGCAAUUGAUUCCUAUGAAAUAUGGAAUGGAAAAUGCUGGGCCGAUAGGAAGGAGGUUCUUGCCUGGGGCGCCGCCAAUCAGCUGGUGAUGAGGAUCAAGCAAACCGGUGCCCGGCCGCAAGAGCAAUGGCUUCAGUUCAAUGAUAUUGAUCAUAUCAGCAGCUAUGAUGAUGUGUGCUCCCUGCACCUUCUAUCGGCAGACCCGAAGUAUCAGACAGACAACAAGGAACAUCUGAUAUUUGGCCGGAUUCGGGGUGAUAUCGCACAUCUCGCUGUUUGUCCUUCAAACGGCACAUAUGAGUAUCAUCGACGGUUUUUGACCUACGGGCUCAGGCUCGAUAAAACAGAGAUGAGCAAUGAUACCGAUCGUAUCUUAGCAGCUCAUUUCGAGAAUGGGUCCAUCGCUUUCUACGAGACUCAAACCGACCAGAACGAGGUUGAGCCGUUUUCCUGGUAUCGACCGGAAGGUGCUACGAGAAACAAAUACUCCAAAUUGCUGUCCUCGUCACUAGUAGCUGUUUGCACUGGAGAAAAGCAUAAUACUUUAUCGAUAUCGAAAGUGACACCGGACGGUGUGUCCCCAUAUCGAGCAAUUGGGGCCGAGGAUCUCGAGGGCGAGUCGACCAGCCUCAAAUCCAAAGUCAACAUUGGAUGUAUCGAGCCUCUCAACAACCAUGUCGUUUCAGGCUCGCCGGGUGAAGUUUUUCUAACAGCCUGGGAUGACUAUAUCGUCCGACUCCAUGACCUCCGAUCCCCGAAGCCUUACGAGGUUGCCUACAAGGAUAUCUCUGAUCUCAAUCCCAUCUACAGCCUACACGCCUUCGGACACAACCAUUUCCUGGCUGGGGCUGGCGGUGAAGCCAUAGUGAAAAUAUUCGACCUUCGAAUGUGCAAUACAUACAAUUAUCUCGAUGCACAGACCCCAGUCUCUCGGCGCCAAAGCCUCGAUGUCCCAAAGAAUCCAAUGGACAGAGCGAAAACAAAACGCCCCCAGAAUGGCUUCUCCAUUUUCCUCUCAAAUCAGCCGCCUUUGCCAUUCGGACGAGCCCCAAAUCGUCGCCAAAGAAUUUCCUACCGUGGCCCAAUCUACACAAUGUCAUCACCUUCGCCAUCCUCGCCAACCGUAUACACCGGCAUUGUGGAUAGCGUGGUCCGGCUGGAUUUUGCAUCAACCGAUGACCUGACUGGCCCGAGAAACGAGUGGUUUAAGGAUAAUCUGGAUCUGGGCCUGAGCACAGGGCCUGAACCUUCGUCAGACUUCAAUAUGGUGCCAUUGAAUCUAGCUGGUUAUGAACGACCCGAUGAGGAUGACCUCUCCACCACGUCUGUGUUGAGACGCCAACAAGAAUUUUGGAAGGCUACCCCUACGGAUACAGGCUUUGAAACUAGCGCUGGGUGGGAUCGCAGGUGGGAGGGUUUGGAAGAGCCUGGGGCGUGGAGAAGGAGGGAUGAGCACAUUUAG